AUGGUGACCCUGCUUCGCACGCUACGAAACCACGCAGACGAGGUGAGCUGCUGCGCCUUCUCUGCGGCUCUGCUGGCCACCGGCUCAGGUGACAAGACUCUGCGCGUUUACAACACGGCAGACUUCUCGGAGCUUCCGUUCUCUCCUCUGACUGGUCAUGGCUACGGGGUCCACAGCUGCUGCUUCAGCUCCUGCGGCGGCUUCCUGCUCAGCUGCUCCACGGACGGCUCCACCAUGGCGUGGAACACGCACACAGGUGAGCUGAUUGCGGCGCUCGCGCACCCGGCCCGCAGUCCGCUCCGAGUUUGCGCACUGGCGCCGGACUCCUCCCUGUUGCUGGCUGGGGCCUGCGACGGCACCGUGGCGCUCUGGAACUUCCACUCUAAAGCGCUCCUCAGAUGCUGUGGGGUGGGUGAGGCCAGUGUAGUGGCUUGCUGUUUCUCUCCUUGUGGCCAGAUGUUUGUGACUGGCUGCACUCAUGGGGACCUCAAACUCUGGGACAUUGACAUCAGCCUCCUUCUUGCUCAAAAGGAUGCUCAUGACCUGGGAGUCAGCUGUUGCAGUUUUGCACCUCAGUUUAAAGUUGAGAACAGCUGCGUAGUGUUUCAACUGGCCUCCUGUGGACAGGACAGCCAGCUGAAAAUAUGGAUAAUUUCCCAGCAUAAAGGAGAAGUUAGCAUCAUGAAGCUGCUUCACACUCUCACUGCCCAGUCAGCUCCUGUUCUGUCUUGUGCUUUCUCUUCUGAUGGAGAGCUGGUCAUUUCUGGCUCUAUGGAUAAAAGUGUAACAGUUUAUGAUGCGAACCUUGGAACCCUGCUCCACACCCUGAAACAACAUGACAGAUAUGUCACUGCUGUUGCUGUGUCUUCCACCUUUCCCCUGAUUGCAACCGGCUCCAUGGACAGAUCAGUGAAUGUGUGGAGAAUAGGAGAUGAGCAUGACCAAACUGCUAGUGACUCACAGCAGACAUCAUGUCAAGGAAGAAAGAUGCCAGGUUACGCCAGUCUGCUGCUUGCUGAUUGGACAGAGCAGGAUGUACAGACGUGGCUGUGCAAAGAGGGACUGGAGGAACUUGUCGGUCUCUUUAGAUUCAACAACAUCGAUGGACCAGAGCUGAACCAGUUGAGCAAGGAGACAGUGGCUGAGUUAGGAAUCGAUUCUGUUGGCCUCCGCGGUCGCCUUCUGAGGAAAAUCGACACCCUGAAGGCAGCACAGAGUGGCUCCGAAGCCCCAGAUGAGUUUCUGUGUCCCAUUAACAGAGAGCUAAUGAAGGACCCGGUCAUUGCUUCAGAUGGAUAUUCAUAUGAGCGAGAAGCCAUCGAGUGCUGGAUUAGAGGCAAGAACAAAACUAGCCCUAUGACAAACCUGCCCCUCCAGACAACACUCCUCACCCCAAACAGAUCCCUCAAGAUGGCAAUAACAAGAUGGAAGUUGAACCAAUAG